AUGUUUGCACUGGCGCGGGCUCUUCGGGUGCACAUCACCGCAGAGCAAGUGGCGGCGGUGGUGCGCGCGAAACUCGACAGGGCCCCCGUGGUGGAAAACACGCUCCUUGUGGACGUCCGCUCCACGGGCGAGGUCGCAGCUACAGGUGUCAUUCCAACAGCUGUGAAUAUCCCACUCAAAAUGCUGGAGGCGGCGCUUGACGACACGGUGGAGACGGACGAGUUUACAGAAAUAUUCGGUGUGGCGAAGCCAAAGAAAGAGGUGACGCAAAUUAUAUUCUAUUGCGCUCACGGCGUGCGGUCUGCCGUCGCCGUUGAAAUCGCGGAGGGAUUGGGUUUUAGCGGAGCAAGAAACUUUUCCGGGAGCUUUGCCGAGUGGCACUACCGCUACGGUGGGCCCUCUAGUGCCGGGGACGGCACAGCAAGCAAGGCACAGUGA